CAGUGCCGCCCCUGAGAUCUCCCACCAGGACCCGGUCGAUCGGGGUUGGGGUCUUGGGCCCGUCCACAGUUUGUGUUGGUUCCCCCUCUUCACCAAACAAUUUCCCUCGUCUUUCUCCUUCAUCCUUCUUCACCCCACCAUGCCUUCUCCCACACUCUCUCCCCAACCCACCACCGGUUACAUCCACAACCUCACCUCAGAGCAGUCCACCAAGCUCCGUCAAACCUGGAGCAUCAUCCUCUACCUUAUCAACAACCAUGAUGACACCACCGCCGAUAGCACCACCGGCCCAACAGCCGCCGGCCUGACCUCCGCCCUCGCAACUCACCACCUUCCCCCUCUCGACACCGUCCAACCCAUCCUCGACACACUCCCUCGCCACCCGCUCCCCUCCCUCCGCGCCGGCCUCCUCAGCCUCGCAAAACACGACUCCCCAGAUACCCUCCUCCUCCGCUUCCUGCGCGCCCGUAAAUGGUCCGUCCCCGCCGCGACCGCGAUGCUCCUCCGCGCGAUCCACUUCCGACACACGCAGGACAUCGACGCCCAGAUCCUGGCCACCACCGAGCUGGACGCGCUGUACGAGGCGACCGCGCAACCGCCGCAAACCCCCCCUAUCCCCGGUGCCAUCGGGGCGACGACCGUCCAGACGACCGCGACGGACAGCCAAGCGUUUUUGGAUCAGAUGCGAAUGGGGAAGGCGAUCGUCCACGGGACGGAUCGCCAGGGUCGGCCGGUCAUGCUCGUGCGCGUGCGGCUGCACCAGCCCGGCCAGCAGAGCGAGGCGGUCGUCACUCGGUUCAUUCUGCAUAUGAUUGAGACGGUGCGCUUGACGCUGGUGGAUCCGGUUGAGACGGCGGUAUGUUCUCUGUGCUAUAUCCUAGAUGAUGCCAUUCGGAGGGGCUGACAGGUUUGGGGUGUAGACAAUCUUGUUCGAUAUGACGGGGUUUUCGGUCUCGAAUAUGGUGAGUUCAUUCUUCCGCAUGCACAGAUGGAAGGUGGGAAUAUACUGAAGGGAGGAUAGGAGUAUGCGCCCGUGAGAUU